AUGGACGAUUUCUCGGUUUCCGACUAUCGCAGUACAAUCAGUGCUCGGCCAACUUUCAACAGAACUGUUGGGUCAGCCAUGUCCAGUCCCGCUUACGGAACAAUGACAUCAUCCGGUGGCCGAAUCCUGAAAACAGUGACGGAAAUCGGUUCGUCUUCAAUACACAGUGGCGGACUGUCGCCAUUUGGCCAGAAUGCGGCAUCAACGAUACGUGAUACCCGUGAGCGCGAGAAGAAGGAAAUGAGUGACCUGAAUGACCGCCUCGCCUCCUACAUCGAAAAGGUGCGUUUCCUGGAAGCGCAAAACCGCAAACUGGCCGCCGAUCUGGAUUUGCUGCGUGGCCGCUGGGGAAAGGACUCCCUGAGCGUUCGCGCCAUGUAUGAAGGCGAGCUGCAGGAAGCACGUAAAGUGAUAAAUGAUACGAACAGCGAACGCGAAGAUUUGGAGAAGCAGAUCCGGAAACUGAUGGAUGAAUUGGCCGACUACAGAAGAAGAUACGAGGACGCUCUGAGAGCACAUCAAGUGGAUCGUGACCGCAUCGAUGAAUUGCUGACAAAGCUAUCGGGUCUGGAAGCAGAACUUAAUCUACUGCGACGACGUAUCAACAAUCUGGAGGAGGAAGUAAGCCGCAUCAAGAAAGACAACAUGUACUUUGUCAACGAACUCAACAAAGCACGAUCGGAACUGGAUCAGGAAACGCUGAAUCGUAUCGACUUCCAAAACCAGGUACAAACGCUGCUUGAAGAAAUCGACUUCAUGCGUCGUAUUUGCAACAUCAACCGUACCGACAUGGAAUCAUGGUACAAGCUCAAGGUGCAGGAAAUUCAAACCCAAUCAACGCGGCAAAACCUGGAGCAAGGUUAUGCGAAAGAGGAGGUGAAACGAUUGCGUGUGCAAUUGUCCGAGCUGCGCGGUAAAUUAGCCGACCUCGAAGGACGUAAUUCACUGUUGGAAAAACAGACUCAGGAGCUGAACUAUCAACUGGAGGAUGACCAACGCUCCUAUGAAGCGGCGCUGAACGACCGUGAUGCACAGAUCCGCAAGAUGCGCGAAGAAUGCCAAGCAUUGAUGCUCGAACUGCAAAUGCUUCUCGACACUAAGCAGACACUUGAUGCGGAGAUUGCAAUCUAUCGAAAGAUGCUGGAAGGCGAGGAGAAUCGCGCCGGCCUACGGCAACUUGUUGAACAAUACUUAGAGCAGAACAUUGAAGAUUUCUACUUGCGCUUUACACGCUAG